CUUUUACUUUAUAGCUUUUCAAAUAAUGUCAUAUAUUCCCAAACAUGUUUAAGUCAAGCCCAAGGUUUUUCUAUCAUUUGUACUAACUUGUACAUACAAGCUACACAUAAAUAUUGUCAAAAUUUACAUGAAUGGCUGAUAAAGGCGGCUACGAUCCCUACGAGCAUCGCGAUGUUGAAGUUCCAUUGUCAAAUUUUGGUGCUUUCAUAUCACUCCUCAAGUGUGUUGUAGGAACUGGUAUUUUGGCGUUGCCUUUGGCAUUUUACUAUGCAGGAAUUAUUUUUGGGACUAUCCUCCUGGUUCUCGUCACCUUCAUGCUCAUCCAUGGCAUGCAAUUAAUGAUUAUUUGCAUGAUUGAAUGUGCUCGCCGCCAACAAAUGGGCUACUGCACUUUCCCGUUGUCUAUGCAGUUUUCCCUUGCCCAGGGUCCAAAGUGUUUCCGGUCAAUAGCCAAGGCGGGGGCUAUUAUCGUCUACAUUGUCCUCAUAUCCUCACACUACGGUGUGUGUGUUGUGUACCUCGUGUUUGUCAGCAAGAACGCUAAACAGCUCAUUGACUUUUACGUGCAAGAGAUGAAUUUGCUAAUUUAUGUGGCCAUUGUCGGGCUACUGAUGAUACCGCCAUUUUUGAUCCGUACCCUCAAAUGGCUCGUACCCUUCAACCUGCUGGCCAGCAUCCUCAUUUACCUUGGAUUCGCCUGCAUCAUAUACUACCUCUUCCAGGAUUUGCCUCCGAUCACUGAUAGAGCCGUUUUCUUUGGCGAAGUUGAGUACUUGCCACUGUUUUUUGGCAUAGCCCUGUUUUCAAUCACCUCUGUGGGAGUGAUGUUGGCUAUUGAGGCCAAAAUGGCGCACCCUGAAAAGUACAUCGGAUGGUUUGGAAUCCUGGACAUUGCCAUUGUGGUUGUCGUUAUAUCCUAUGUAUUUUUUGGCGUCAUGGGCUACUGGAAGUAUGGAGACGAAAUCGCCGGAAGUAUAACCCUCAAUCUGCCUAUCAAGGAAACAGUUGCCCAAGUUUCGAAGGGAUUUAUUAUGACUGCCAUCUUCUUUACCUAUCCCCUGUGCGGCUAUGUGGUAAUCGAUAUAAUUAUGAACCAGUUUUGGAACAAAACCGGUGAACUAAAACACGCCGAAAUCAAGGAGUACAUCGUGCGAGUGAUUUUCGUUGUGGUGAGCACCAUAAACGCCAUCGCCUUCCCAGACCUUGGACCCCUGCUCUCCCUUGUGGGGGCCUUCAGCAUCUCCCUGCUGAACCUAAUUUUCCCGGCCAUUAUGGAGAUUUGUCUGCUCUAUCCUCCGGAGUACGACUACGGCAAACUGAAAUGGAAGUUGAUAAAGGACAUCCUACUAAUUAUCGUUGGCACUUGUAUCCUAGUACACGGAACAUACUCCUCCAUCCGUGAAAUGAUCAAAGAUUGGGGCGGAACCACUUCAACGGAGGCGCCGACAACCAGUGAGGAUACCACUGAGACCGAAGAACUCUCGCCAGAAGGUCCUUCUGGUGAUGCACCUGCAGCCUUUCUACGGUUCUUUGAGGAUGAAUUUCUUUUAUAGUUCCAACGUACCAUACUUCCAUACUCCAACGGACUUUCGUUCGUAGAAAGGGGUUACCUUGGAGAGCUCUUCAAUUGUAUGCGAGCCGUGUUUUAAAAAAUGUAUAAAAUUAUCUUCAUACUAUAUAUUGUACAUUUAUAAACUAGUGAGAUUCCUGGCAUGUAA